AUGGCACUAACAAAGGAGAUUUCCGAGGACCUCAGAAGAAGAGUUGUUGAUGCUCAUCAGGCUGGAAAAGGUUAUAAAAACAUCUCUAAAGAGUUUGGACUUCAGCAAUCCAUGGUCAGACAGCAGACUGUGUUCAAAUGGAAGAAAUUCAAGACCACUGUUACCCUCCACAGGAAUGGGCAACCAACAAAGAUCACUCCAAGAGCAAGGCGAAUAGCCAGCAAGGUCACAAAAGACCCCAGGACAGCUACAAGAUUAGUCAUAUAUAGUGGGGCAAGACCAUUGAGAGCUUUAAAAGUGAAUAAUAAAAUUUUUAAUUUAUGCGGUCGCCUCAGGAAGGGCAUCUGCCAUAAAAUUGCUAAGUCUUUGCGCAAGUUAGUUUGGUGUGGUUACAGCCUGUUUGCGGUGGCAGCGCAUGAACUCGGUCACUCUCUGGGCUUGACUCAUUCCACGGACCCCUCUGCUGUCAUGUACCCCAGUUACCGGCAACGCAGCAGAACACAGUACUCCCUGUCCGCAGAUGACGUCCAAGGGAUCCAGAUGCUCUACGGUAAACCCAACAAAAAGGUUGAAUUCAAGCCAAGCACUCCCAAAAAAUGUGACCCAACGUUUUCCUUCGACGCGGCAGCGAUAAUAAAACACGAGAUUAUAUUUUUUAAUAACAGAAACAUGUGGAUGAGAACAACAAAGUCGACUUACUGGAACCAGCUGAGAGAAGGGGCCAUGAGCUCAUACUUACCUGACGUUAAUUUACCUGUUGAUGCUGCUUAUGACAUCCCGGCCAGAGGCGUGGCGUUCAUCUUCACCGGUCAGAAGUACUGGGUGGUUCAACAGCUGAAGACCAAAAGUCGAGCUGGAAGCAUCUACGAGUAUGGGUUCCCCUCCCGAGUCAGGCAGGUUGAUGCUGCAGUUCAUGUGGCUGAAACGGGAAAAACCAUCUUCUUCACGGGGCAGUUUUACUACAGUUUUGAUGAGCAGAGCAGACAGAUGGACCCUGGCUUCCCCAGAUUAAUCCAGAUCGACUGGCCCGGAGUCCCGAGAAGAGUCGAUGCUGCGUUUACAUUACACCGCAGCAUCUUCCUUCUCAGUGGGACCAAAUCCUUCCAGUUUGACUUCAAACAGAAACGUGUGGUAAAAAUCAUCGCAGGAAACUCGUGGCUCGGGUGCUGACUCACUGAAAAACUUUUUUUUUUGU